AUAUUUAUUAGUUUAUAAUUGGAUUAUUUUUUUGAAAAAUAUUUUAUUUUAUUUUUAAUUUUGAAAUGUUAUUUUUAUAUUUUUUGAAUUUUUCAAAAAAUUGAUUUUUUUAAGUUUUUUCGAAUUUUCUAUGUAUUUUAUUUUUUAUUUAAAAAAAAUAAAAAAAAGAAGAAAAAACCCGACACGUCAUCACAAAAUGAACAGUACAUGUCACCUAGUUGACUUGGUAAACAAAUAAACUGCAUUGGAGGUUUGUUAAGAUAAAAAUGUCACUUUCAAAGUUUAAAGUGUUCGUAAAAAACAUUCAGUGUUUAAAGUGCGAGAAUAUGACACUCUCAGGGUUUAAAAUGCGAUUUUCCCAUUAAAUGAAAUAUAGUUUUGUGAUUUUGAGCUUCAAAAGCUAGAUUGGAAAGAAAAACUUGGUUUCACGCUAUUUGAGGCCAUUUUCUCUAUCUUUUAAGUAUGAUAGUAAUUAUCUAACAAUACUAAAAGGGGAAUAUACUCAACUCUUAAGCAGUCCACGUGUGCAUUUUUAUUCAACCAAUUAUGUUCUAUAGUUUUGCCAUGUCAGACAAUCUGAUCUUCUAAAUUCCACGGACAAAUCCAACUUGCAGCAAAAUCAGGCCAUGUAAUUUAUUAAAGCAGGCCAUGUAAUUCAUUUUGUCAUCAUUCUGAGCCGCAUAGGAAGCUCAUCAAAACUAUUAAGUUUCUUAUUUGUACUAACACGACAUGUCUCUUGCUCUUCGUAUUUCGAACUUCGACGUUCUGAUUCUCCGGCGUAACGGCUUCUCCACCACUUCGAUUCAUCAAAGCCUCAUUACUAUAACACUCCAAUGGCAACUUAACGAUUUAAUUCCACCAAAUUCACCCUAUAUAUCUUACUCACGUCUCUCACGAACUACUUCUCCAACUCCGAUCCGAUGAGAACGAUUCUUGGUCGGACAUAUAUCAUGCUGUGAUCCAUCGCUAUUUUUUUUUUGAACGACCAAGGUGAUCCGUCGCUUCCAAUAAGGUAUUCUGAUGCUGCAUUCCCAUUACUUCUUAUAUCCUUUUUACUAUCCCUUUAACAAAAAUAAAGUUGCCAUCCACUUUUAUGUAGGCGAGAGCCAGCGGAAGAGGUAGGCUUAAAACUCUUACCGGUUGCAUUUGAGAAGAUAUUCCUCUUUCUGCAGUAAUGGUUUGUUUGCAAUUUCAAUUGCUUGGCCUGUGAGAUGCAUGUUCUCUCUUUUCAUAAAUAUUUAGUUUGUAGCUCAAAGUGUUUAGCUUGAUUGGUAUGGUAGUCGCAUCUUUAAGCUAACUUGGUUUCUCUUACUGAAAUAACCACGCUGAUUUAUUACUCUAACAAGUCUCACAGAGAUAUAAUUCUUAUGUGCCAUCGGGUUGCUUUUCUUUUAUAUACUUUUUAGUGUGUCAUAAACGAUUUAAAAUUCAUAAAUAAUGAGUUCAAUAAAGUGUUAUGCAUCCAUUCCCGUUACAACUUCAAUCUACUUUUCUCAUAUUUUUUUCUUAGUCGUGAUAUUAGUUUUUCAUAAAAUAUCAUAAUAGUCUAUGAUAAAAUUUUGUGUUUUGACCAAAGUUACAUUAUCUGUGUAUUUGAAUAUUAUGGAAAUUAUGAUUUUUUUUAUAAAUUUAAUAAAAUUAAAAAAAAAUUCUCCUAAUUGUAAAAAAUUUCAAAUCACAUUAAUUAAUUUUCGUUAUAUUCAUUUUUAUUCACUUAAUUUUUAGAUGUAUAGUGAAUUUUUAUUCACAAGAUAAAUAAUCAGAAAUCAAAUAAAUUAGUGAGUAUUAUAUAUGACUAAAGAAAAAAAAAUGAAUCAACUAAUUUAAAAAACUACAGAAAAUUAAAUAAAAUUCAUCUAUCAGUUGUCCCAGACGAAUUUUUGCAGGUUUUAACAGAUUUUUAAAUAACAGGUUUUAGAAGAAAAAAAUUGGAUUGCAUAUCCAAUAACCAAAUUAUUGGGUUGAUCACGGAUACAAGUCAAAUUUAAAGUUAUUGGCUCUAUGAUAUGUUUAUAAAAAAAUAGUAAACAUUGUUUUUUACCAUUUGUAUUAAUAUUUAAAAAUAAUUCAAAUUUGUAUAAAUAUUUUUCUCCAACUUUACUUAACUUUUUUUGUUUACCAAACUGUCUUUUUAAUUUUGAAUAUCAUUACUUUCCACUUCACUUGAGAUGUCUCUAUGUAUAUUGAUCCCCUAUUGUUAAAUAUAAUUUCAAGACUCUUUUGGUCCAAUAAUUAACAAAGAUAUCAUUAAUACAUAUUUUAUAUUUAAUAAUUUACAGAAAACAUGAUUUAUACAUAUUAAUUAAAGCAAAUAUAUAGAAACUAAAAUACUGAAAAACUUAUUAGAUAUAGUCCGCGCCCUGCGCGGGAUGAGAAGAUUUAAAGAGAUUUUUGAAUCAAUAGGUAUUAGAAAGUUAAUAGUCUUAGAAAGAAAUAUUACAUGUUAUAUAAUAAGGGGGAUUAACGAAAGUGUGUAUGUCUAUAUAAAUUAAGCUUGGAUCUAAAAAAAAAAAGUUGUGUAUUUGUUUUGUUUAAUUAAAGUAUAUUUCGUGGAAAUGAAUCCAUGAGAGUAAGCAAAAAACUUAUAUAAAAUAAAUUAUGAAGUAAAGAUAAAAACGAAACAAAAGCAAUAAAAUUAUUGUUUUCAUAAACUAAAUUAUAAAUAUAAAAUAAAAUGAAACAUAAGCAAAAUAAUACUAAAAUAUGAAAGAAACAAAAUAUAAUAUAGGAUACUACUUUACGGAUGAGGAGAUGUAAGGGGGUUAUUGGCCAAAGAAUUUAGAGGAGUUAUUAAAUUUUGAGAUUCCUUUGUUAUUGGUUUGUGAAUUUAAAAAAAUUAAUUAUUGCUCCAGGGUCUUAUGUUACUAUAUUUAGAAAUUAAAAAUAAUCGUUACUAUAUUUGAAAUCCCAUAUCUCAUUAACAUUAAUUUAGAUUUACUGUGUCAAGAAGUACAUUAAUUACUGUGUCAAGAAACACUAAGACAUGAUAAGCAGUACAACUUACUUAAUGCGGAGCAGCGUGCGAUCUAUGAAUCAGUCUUAGAGUCUUUUGAUAAAAAAGAGGGAAAACUUUUCUUUGUAUAUGGCGCAGGGGGCACAGGAAAAACAUUCCUAUACCAGACUAUUAUAUCCAGACUUCGCUCAAGAAAACAAAUCGUCCUACAAGUUCUUCUUCGGGAAUAGCCGCAUUGCUACUGCCAAACGGGAGAACAGCUCAUUCUCGCUUCAAUAUUCCGUUGAAGCUCGACGAAGAUAAGCUCUGCAACAUCAAACCAGGUACAAUGCUGGCUGAACUAAUUGAGGAAACGGACCUCAUAAUUUGGGAUGAGGCACCUAUGACACACAAGCAUGCUUUUGAAGCAUUAGACAAGACUUUGAAGGACAUAAUGUCUAUGAAAAAUCCACCCGCAAAGAAUCAGCCUUUUGGCGGCAAAACAGUUAUGUUAGGUGGUGAUUUCAGAUAGAUCCUACUGGUCAUUCCACAAGGUAGUAGAGCUGAUAAUGUAUUAGCUUUGAUAAGCCAUUCAUAUCUAUGGAAUAGCUGACAAAAGUUCUCUUUGAAAAAAAAUAUGCGAGUCAAUCAGGAUGAGAAAGAGUUUUCCGAGUGGCUUCUCAAGGUCGGGGAAGGUCGUCUUGAGACAGGACAAGAAUAUGAGGAUGAUGGUUACCAUGAUCAAUUCAUAGAUAUCGAUGAAUCUUUGAUUCGUCAAGGUUUUGUUGACCCAUUGGAAGGAGUUGUUGAUGCCGCAUAUGGGGAAAUCAACAAACCGAUGGAUUCCCAGACUUCCUAUACUGAUAAAGCUAUCCUCACACCCCGUAGUGAAACCGUCGAUGAAAUCAAUGCUUACACCAUCUCACGGACCGACGGGGUAUCAAGAGAUUACUUCAGCUCAGACAGUUUUGAGUUAUCAGAUACUACAUCAGAUCAAAAUGAUACAUUAUACUCUUUUGAGUAUCUCAACUCAUUAGAAUUCUCGGGUUUGCCUUCGCACAAACUAACUCUGAAAGUUGGUGCCCCAGUUAUGCUUCUGCGAAACAUAAAUCAGAAAAAGGGAUUGUGCAAUGGUACACGAAUGAUCCUAACACAUGUUGGCGAUCGCGUUCUGAAGGCCAAAAUAAUCACUGGCUCCCACAUUGGAGAAGAGGUCUUGAUCCCAAGAAUUGUGCUUUUGUAUGAUGAAACAAAGUUACCGUUCAUAUUACGUCGGCGGCAAUUUCUUAUCAGAUUGUGCUACGCAAUGACAAUCAACAAAAGCCAAGGCCAGAGUUUAAAAGAGGUCAUUUUAUAUCUGCCUAAACCGGUCUUCUCUCAUGGUCAACUUUAUGUGGCCCUCUCACGUGUCACUAACAAAGCAGAAUUAAAGAUCAUCAAAACCGAAGAUUCCCAACAUCUGAAAGUGAAGAACAUAGUCUACAAAGAAAUAUUCAAAGGUCUUCCUCCCGCCAAAGGUAAUUUAAAAUAACUUAUAGUUUUUACUCCCAUCAUUUUUCGAAGUCUUCUGAUAAAAUACUAUAUU